CACUGUCGACACUGAGCUAACCACAGAAGGCGCCCGGCUUGGCUCGGUUCAACACUGAGAAGGUUUAGCUGCAAGUCGUUAGAUGUACUCUGAACCGUCGUGACAGGAAGGACCGACCUAAACUCUGGAUUUAUGUGAAGUAGAAUCUACAAAUAAUGUUAAUGUGUACUCUUUGAGGUAGACACAGCUCUUAUCAGGACCAGAGGAGUGAGGCUUUGAGGGCGGAACUGUCGCUGUGACACAAAAAGCCCUCCCUCCCUUCUGCCCUCUGUUCCCUGCCAGCCAGUCCAUCUCUCCUCUGGAGGAAAAGGCCAGUCAGCGUGGGGGGCCUAUGUCAGAGAGUGGGGGUGACGGCCGGGAGACUCUCCUGACAACAACCGACUCCAUCUGGGAGGUUAACAACAGGAGAGGAGAGCCCUCCACUCCAAAAGUAACAAACACACUCUCGCUGUAACAGUGCAGAGAGGCGGUUUCGAUACAGAAGGUUCUCUGGAGGUCGGGUGGACGUUGUGAGUGGGUUUUUGCCUGGAGGAACACGCAGUCAUGUCUCCCUUUCUGCGUAUCGGAUUCUCUAAUUUUGAGAUGGACCCGGGACUAGCGUACCACGAGGAGGUACUCAACCCUUACUGUGCUGUCUACAUGAAGGAGGCCAUCGACACGGAAAAGGGGCAGGUGUACAAGCAGAAGAAGGCCACCAUGUACCCUCCCUGGAGCAGCACGUUCGACGCCCACGUGCACAGGGGGCGCGUCAUGCACGUGAUGGUGAAGGACCGCACGGCCGAACUCAAGUCAGAGGCCACGGUGCAGCUGGACUCGCUGGCCUCACGCUGCAAGAAGGAGAAUGGCAAGCUGGAGAUCUGGUUGGAGCUGAAGCCUCAAGGGCGUGUCCUGAUGGAGGCAAGAUAUUACCUGGAGAAGAGUGAUGCUGCAGGUCACAGCGAGGCUGACGGGGAUGGCGAGAGGGAGGGAGAGGGCCUCUUCGCCCUGAACCAUCGUCGCGGGGCCAUUAAACAGGCUAAAGUCCAUGUGGUCAAAUGUCACGAGUUCAGCGCCACCUUCUUCCCUCAGCCCACCUUCUGUUCUGUGUGCAAAGAGUUUGUCUGGGGUCUGAACAAGCAGGGCUACCAGUGCAGACACUGUAACGCGGCCAUCCACAAGAAGUGCAUUGACAAGGUCAUCGCCAAGUGCACGGGGUCAGCCGUCAACAGUAAAGAAACCCUGAUCCACAAAGAGCGCUUCAAGAUUGACAUGCCCCACAGGUUUAAGGUGUACAACUACAAGAGUCCCACUUUCUGUGAGCACUGUGGAACCCUGCUGUGGGGCCUGGCCAAACAGGGCCUCAAGUGUGAAGAGUGUGGUAUGAACGUCCAUCACAAGUGUGAGAAGAAGGUGGCCAACCUCUGCGGGGUCAACCAGAAGCUGAUGGCUGAAGCUCUGGCCAUCAUCGGAAACAAGCAGCAGGCCAGGAGUUCAAGAGACAGUGAGAUCAUUGGUCGAGAGGGGCCUGUGGGCGUGGGCCAGGCUGGGGUGGUCCGGGAACCUUCCGGUCUCCAGGAGGUGCCUGCCACAGCAACCACCACUGCACGCAAAGAGGGCCAGGGUGUGGGGUGGGACACCCCAGCAGACAUGGCCCAGCCUAUCCCAAAGGAGGACUCUGAGCCCCUGUACGCCGUGCCCCGGAAGGAACACCAACACAAGUUCACCAUAGACAACUUCAAACUGCACAAGAUGCUGGGCAAAGGCAGCUUCGGCAAGGUGUUUCUAGCUGAGCUGAAGAGCACCAACCAGUUCUUUGCAGUAAAGGCCCUGAAGAAGGACGUGGUCCUCAUGGAUGAUGAUGUGGAAUGUACCAUGGUGGAGAGGAGAGUGCUCUCUCUGGCCUGGGAACACCCCUUCCUCACACACCUCUACUGCACCUUCCAGACCAAGGAGAAUCUGUUCUUUGUGAUGGAGUAUCUAAAUGGAGGAGACCUCAUGUUCCACAUUCAGAGCUGCCACAAGUUUGACCUGCAAAGAUCGACGUUCUAUGCAGCUGAGAUCAUCUGUGGGCUGCAGUUCCUUCAUUCUAAAGGUGUUGUUUACAGAGAUCUGAAGCUGGAUAACGUGCUGCUGGACUCGGAAGGUCAUAUAAAGAUCGCAGACUUUGGCAUGUGCAAGGAGAACAUGCAGGAGGAGUCACGCACCUCCACAUUCUGCGGGACACCUGACUACAUCGCGCCGGAGAUUCUUCUGGGCCAGAAGUAUGGCAGCUCAGUGGACUGGUGGUCUUUCGGGGUCCUGCUGUACGAGAUGCUGAUUGGCCAGUCCCCGUUCCAUGGUCAUGAUGAGGAGGAGCUGUUCCAGUCCAUCAGGACAGAUGACCCCUGCUACCCUCGCUGGCUCGUCAAGGACGCAAAGGACAUCCUCGUCAAGCUGUUUGUGCGCGAGCCUGAGCAGAGGCUUGGUGUGAAGGGGAACAUCCGGCAGCAUGCCUUCUUCAAAGACACCAACUGGAACGUUCUAGAGAAACGGCAGGUGGAGCCGCCCUUCAGGCCAACUGUGAAAUCCCCCAGUGACUGCAGUAACUUUGAUAAGGAGUUCAUCAACGAAAAGCCCCGCCUGUCGUGUGCAGACCGCGCGCUGAUGAACAGUGUGGACCAAACCAUGUUCAACAACUUCUCCUUCGUCAACCCUGGCAUGGCUCGCAUCAAAGGACCCUGAUCCCCCAGUCCUGACCACCACACAGUCCUACCUGACCACCACCUAGUCCUACCUGACCAGUCUCUCCACCCCUUACAACCAGGCAUGCUGUAUUAUUAUUAUUAUUCUAACAUAAGCCUCACACAUGGCCUACUGUAAGCCUUGUUAAUAAAUGUGAUGAAUAUCUUUCAAUAACAUGUUUAGAUGAGAAUGAGUUACUUUGUUUAAAGACAAGUGUAUAAUCGGAUCCUCACUGUUAACAGUAUUGAAAUGCAUCAUUAUGUCAUUGUUACUGUUACGAUUCAAGUAAAUGAUUAUAGUAAUUGCCUAGUUUACAAAGAAUUUAUGUUUACAUGUUAUUUUAUUACAUCUUAUUUUGUCACUGCACAAAAUGGAUUACUUUAGACUCCUGCAAUGUUAGUUGUUUUUUGGCUACUCUGUAUCAUGUUGUACUGUACAUUAAAUUAGUUUUUUUAUAUA